AUGAAGGGAUUGAAUCAAUUCAUCCUAGACUUGAGAAAUUCCAAGGAUCUCUCUGAAGAAGACAAAAGAAUAAACCUCGAAAUCAACAAUAUCCAUUCGAAAUUCAACACAAACUUGAAUGGAUAUCAGAAGAAAAAGUACAUUUGUAAGCUCAUAUACAUCUACUUAUUGGGAUACUCGGAUGUGGCCGAUUUGGGAAUCAAAGAAUCAUAUCAAUUGUUGAACUCGCCAACAUUCACUGAAAAACAGCUUGGAUACUUAUCGAUCGCGAUUCUAGACGGAUAUGAUAAACACAAAUACGCAAGCAAGAAGGAGUACUUGAACACACUUUUGGAUUCAAUUCACUCAAACCUUGUCAAAGACUUGAAGUCCAACGAUGAAGACAUUAAUUGUUUGGCUAUCCAAUUUAUUGCAUCGAAUUUCAACAUAAAUGAUACCAGUAAAGGUUCAAACAUGGUCAAGAUCGUAGAGUCUGACGAAAGUGCACCACAGUGGCUUGAACUUAUAGAUAUUUUGUACUCGUACUGUACUUCCCCCAUCAAGAACAGUCUCAUCAAGAAAAAAUCGUCACUAACUUUAUUAACAUUACUAAAGAUUUAUCCAGAUGUCAUCAUCUCAAAUAAUAACUGGAUUCCAAGACUAUUGCAGCUCAUUGACAGUGAUGACUUGGGAGUUGUAAUUUCGUGCAUUCCACUUAUCCAAUACACCAUGAACUUUAAACCUCAGAUUGUCAAAUCCAUCAUUCCUCUGGUUUCUAGUAGAUUGGUGACUUUUAUCAUUGAUGAAGAUUGUCAUGCAACUUACUAUUAUUACAAAUCUCCAGCACCUUGGCUUAUUGUUAAAUUGUUUCAAUUGGUCGAACAAUUCUUCUUGCUCGAUUCUCCAGACGGGACACCUGCACUUUCAGUCUCGGAAAUUGAUGAACAUACACUUAACAAUUUAAGAAGAGUCAUUGCACAGUCUAUUCAAAAUGCAUCCAAACCAAUAAGUGGGUUGCCUAAUAGAAAUUCUCAAAGUUCUAUUCUAUUCCAGGCUGUCUCUUUAGCAGUAUUUUUGAAUGCAUCUAAGGAAGCUAUUAAUGGAGCUAUCAAUGCUCUAAUGUUAUUGUUAGACUCUCCAGAUACUAACACUAGGUAUCUCUCCUUGGAUGCUCUUAUAAAAUUGACGGCAAGACUGAACGCGAAUUACUUAUCGUCCAUGAAUCUCAAUAAAUUUGAUGAGAACCUACCAAAGAUUUUCAACUUGUUGUAUGAUAAGGAUAUUUCGGUAAAAAGGAAAUCUUUGGAUUUGAUUUAUACUAUUUGCAAUUCAGAGACAUACAACAUAGUUAUCACUCAAUUGUUGGAGUUCUUCCCUUUUGCUGAUUUCUCCUUGAAGUCUGAUUUGGCAAUCAAAAUUGCUAUCCUUGCAGAGAAGUUUGCGAAUGAUUCUACAUGGUACGUUACAACUAUGCUUAAAUUACUUUCCAUAGGGGGAGGUUCGAACUCCAGUGGAAUUGGUUAUAUUAGUAACGAAGUUUGGGAGAGAAUUGUUCAAAUUGUGGUCAACAAUCAAGAUUUGCAAGCAAAAACUUGUAAAUUGGUAAUAAACUUGUUGAGAAACCCGGCUGCUCCCGAAAAUGUCAAAGGUAGACCUCAACCCGUAAUUGGCCUUUCAGAAAAUUUGGUGAAAGUUGCAGCGUUUGUAUUAGGUGAGUAUGGCUCUGAGAUUAAGGAAACACCUGAAUAUUCGAUUGAAGCGCAAUUCAGAGUUUUGUAUGAAUCAUAUUUCAAGGUUUCUUUGCUUACUAGAGCAAUGCUUUUGACAACUUUUUUGAAGCUUCUGUUAAAGUUUAGAGAAGAAGUAUUUGUUCCAGACGUUGUUGAUUUGUUUGAUAUUGAAUCACAAUCUAUCGAUUUGGAAAUUCAAACUAGAUCUACGGAAUACUUCAAAUUGCUCACAACUCAAAUCAACCAGAAAUUUACCAACCAACUUAUAAAGCCUUUCCCCGUAUUUGUCAACACGGAGAGUCCCUUAAUGAAUAGGAUUGGAAGCAUUAACCAUAUAGUGGGGAGAAAUAGGUCCAGCUCUCUCGUGGCUGCUCAAAACAUAACAAAAUCUAGCAAUAAAGGCUUGAAAUCAACUUCGACAAUUGCAUUACCAAUCACGCAGGAGAACGAUAAUGAUGAAUUGGCUGAAAAUCCUCAAGAGGAUAAUCCUUUCGCAGAAAGACCAACAGCACUUACUCCAAACUGGUAUUCUGGAUAUCAUAGAAUGUUGCAUUAUGAUGCUGGUAUCUUUUUCGAAAACCAACUUAUUAAGCUCACAUAUAGGAUCAUGAAGGAUAAGAACAAUAUCACAAUAAAGUUUGUCAUCAUCAAUAACUCAGCUAAGACUGCUGGCACAGAUAUCACUGGGUUCACAGUAUUGAAUCUUGAGAGCUUUUCAGGUAAGGAAGAUCCAAGCUACAUUCUUAAUUUGAGGCAAUUACCUGAAGCAACAAUUCAUGAUAAGUCCGCCAUUGAUAUCGAUGUGAAAGUGAGAGAUGUUGUGGAAAACCAUCAAAGUCCAAUCCUUUCGAUCAAGUUUAUGUGUGGUGGUUCGUUUAACCAACUCAAUCUUAAGUUCCCGGUAUCUUUAAUGAAGACCUUAUCAUCUACGUCUUUGAGCAAUUUGGAAGACUUCAAGAAGAGAUGGUUGCAGAUUGGCGAACUCUUAGGAAAAGAGGGCGAGCACCACGUGAAGAUAGAUUUGAGCCACAGGCACAACUCAUCCAAUAUAGUUAGACUUCUCUCAAGAUUGGGCUUCUCGGUGGUCCAUGCUACACCUGACAAUAGUGAGAACGGCAUAUUGGUAAUGGGUGGGGGUAUACUCCACACCCAGAAAUCCAACUAUGGUCUCUUGGCUACUAUCAAGAGUGUGGACAAUAUUGGAAGGGAGUUCGAAAUAGUGGUGAGAUGUACUGGAGGAGGAAUAGCAGAAGUCAUAGCUAUGAAUUUGAAGGAGAUAUUCGAAGGUUAA